AUGGACAUAAUGCCGCAGGCGUUCUUCUUCAGUUUUUACAGGAGUCAUCGCCUUGAAUGGACGAAUCUGGACGAAAUGCCGCUCAACCAGUUUUCAUUGUCCUAUAUCUUCAUUAUAAAUAAUGUGGUUACAGCAAUGGUUGAGCAGAGAGUUGUAUCUUCGGCCGCGGACUCAUCUAGAAAAUUCAUCACACCACAUUUACAUCAACUAGUACAUGUGAAAAAAGUGGCAAUUGAUGGAAAAUUAUUGUGGCAUAUCGAGAUGGACGAAAAAGGUCUUCUGCCAGAGAAAGGAAUUGCUGACAUAGCGUACAAUGGAAAUGUUGAAAAUGUACGUUUUGUGGUGGCGCUGUGCUCGGUGUGUCUUAUCAAGGAGAUUGCACUAGUAUAUAAAACACUGAACGCACCCAACGAUCAAAAGAAGCGUGCCAGUGCACCGGCAUCGUUUGCAGAUCGCUCACCGUUGUCGGUGCAUUCGCAUUUGGCAGCGCAGACACGUGCAUCGAUGACGUGGGAUGUCCGUGUGCUGGACAUGAUGCGCGAUUUCGAGAAGAAUCGAAGCAGAAGUACUACCAAGAAGAGAGGCGAUGUUGUGAAAAAGAUUCGCGGCGAGCUUGAAAUCGAUUCCGUUCGUCUUGAAUCGAUUCUCACAGAUCUCUAUGUCUCGGUAAUGGUGCAGCUAAUCGGAGUAAAGCAGCACCACGAUUCGGAUCGAAAUUAUGUCAACAAGUCCAGGAAACAAGCGAAAGCUUCCACACCGAAGCGUCAUGCAUCGAUGUUUGAUAUAAGUUUGCGGAAGGCAAGUCUUGCCCUUAUGGAGUCGGAUAACUCGAAACAAAACAUGCACAUCGUUAAUUGUACUCUACAUGAGAGUAGCGCAAGAUUAUCAAGGUGA